AAGAGGAGAAGAACACGCUGUUCCAGACUCGGUUAGAAAAUAAACGGAGUUUAAAUGAAUGAUGAUUUUAUCGAAUAAUAGCGCGUGACCGAGGAAACCUGUGGGUGAUUUGGGAGCACCUGAACGCACCUUUACAUUCGGCUCAGGUGAGGCGGUUUGAGCUGAGGGUUUUCACGGGAGGAGGAGCAGUUUGUCUCUACGGGUCCCUGAAGGACACACCUCUCUGCGCAGAGUCCGGGUCAUUAGGGACCGGCACCGUUCAGAGGACACAGAGGACCGAAGACAUGGGGGGCACGGAUGGGACCAAAGCCGAAGGCGAGACCCGCCCCGGGUCCGGAUCUGGGUCUGACCAACUCAUCUUCUUCGUUAACGGGAAGAAGAUUGUGGAGAGAAAUGCAGAUCCUGAGAUGACCCUGCUGACGUACCUGAGGAGGAAAUUGGGUUUAACAGGAACUAAGCUGGGCUGUGCGGAGGGCGGCUGUGGAGCGUGCACCGUCAUGUUGUCCAGAUACCAAACACACACUCAGCAGCUGCUUCAUUACGCCGUGAACGCCUGUCUCGCCCCCCUCUGCUCACUGCACCUGGUUGCCGUGACGACUGUGGAGGGCAUCGGCAGCGUGGCGAGAGAAUUACAUCCUGUUCAGGAGCGGAUCGCGAUGGCUCAUGGCUCUCAAUGUGGUUUCUGUACCCCGGGGAUCGUCAUGUCCAUGUACGCUCUGCUGAGGAACAACCCCAAACCAAAGAUGGCCGACGUGGAGGAGGCCUUCCACGGUAAUCUUUGUCGUUGCACUGGAUACAGACCUAUCCUGGAGGGAUACAAGACGUUCACUGUGGACGGCGGCUGCUGCGGCGGCCGGGGACGGGAGAACGGCUGCUGUAUGACCAAUGGGAACGCAGCUGAGAAAAGCUCAAAGGAAGACAGCGAUGAAGCAACGUCUCUUUUUAAUCCAGCAGACUUCACUCCGUUUGAUCCAACACAGGAGGUCAUCUUCCCCCCUGAGCUCAUGUCGCUCUCUAAAGAUCAGAGGUCAGGCUUGCUUUGUUUCCGUGGCGACCGGGCAUCGUGGCUGCAGCCUGACAGUCUGGACGAGUUUCUGCGUCUGAAGUGGGAACAUCCAGACGCCAGAGUGGUGGUGGGCAACACUGAAGUGGGUAUUGAGGUGAAGUUUAAGAACAUGGUGUACCCGGUCAUCUUGGCUCCAGCGUUCAUCCCUGAACUGAACAACGUGUCACACACAGCGGACGGUGUAGUUUUUGGUGCAGCGUGCACACUCAGCCACAUGGGGGCGGUGCUUAAGAAGGCAGUAGAAACUCUUCCUCCUCAUCAGACAGAAGUCUUCCUCGCCGUCCUCGAACAGCUGCGCUGGUUCGCUGGACUGCAGAUACGAAACGUAGCGGCUGUUGGAGGAAACAUCAUGACAGCCAGCCCCAUCUCAGACCUCAACCCUGUUUUUAUGGCAGCAGGCUGCAGACUCACACUGAUGGACAAAGAUGGCAGCCGUGUGGUUCAGAUGGACGACGGUUUCUUCACAGGUUACAGGAAGACGGUUCUGCGACCGCAGGAGAUCCUGCUGUCCAUAGAGAUCCCCUACAGUAAGAAGUUUCAGUUAGUCUCCGCCUUCAAACAGUCCCCUCGUCGUGAGGAUGACAUCAGCAUCGUCACCGCGGCGAUGAGCGUCACUUUCACCCCUGGGACUGACGUUGUUGAGGACUUGAGGCUGAGCUACGGCGGAAUGGCGGCAACCACGGUGCUGGCCAAGAAAACGGCGAACGGGCUUCUGGGACGGCACUGGGGGGAGGAGCUUCUGCAGGAGGCCUGUUCCCUAUUGGCCAAGGAGAUGACCCUUGACCCCUCUGCACCUGGCGGCAUGGUGACGUACCGGAGAACUUUGACCCUCAGCCUCUUCUACAAGUUCUACCUGACGGUGCUACAGAAGCUCCGCCUACAGGGUGUGACUGUGGACGACGUCUCCUCAGACUGUAUGAGCGCUGCAGAGAUUUAUCAUCCAGAGUCUCCGUCCAGUGUUCAGGUGUACCAGGCUGUACCUGAGGGGCGGAGCCAGGAUGACUCAGUGGGGCGUCCCAUGAUGCAUCUGUCGGCUCUGAAGCAGGCGACGGGCGAGGCGGUUUACUGCGACGAUGUGCCGCUGUAUGAGAACGAGCUUUACUUGGCGCUCAUAACCAGCUCAAAGGCACACGCUAACAUCCUCUCCGUAGACGCCUCUGCAGCAGAGAAGAUGCCCGGCGUGGUCACCUGUCUGUUUGCUGAUGACAUCCCCGGCUGCAACGCCACCGGGCCAAUCGAGCAUGACGAGACUGUCCUGGCCCACCGCCAGGUGACCUGUGUGGGUCACAUCAUCGGCGCCGUGGUGGCCGACACACAGCUCCACGCUCAGAGAGCAGCCAAAGCUGUGAGAGUUCAGUACGAAGAGCUGCAGCCAAUCAUCACCAUCCAGGAAGCCAUCGCUGCCAAGUCCUUCUAUCAGCCAAUCAGAACCAUACAGAAGGGAGACCUGGAGGCGGGGUUUAAACAGGCCGACCACAUCCUGGAGGGUGAGAUACACAUCGGAGGUCAGGAACAUUUCUACCUGGAGACAAACGUCACGCUGGCUGUUCCCCGAGAAGAAGGAGAGAUGGAGCUCUUUGUGUCUACUCAGUCUGCCUCCAAAACACAGUCCCUGGUGGCGAAGGCGUUGGGCGUCCCUGCUAACAGGGUGGUGGUCCGGGUGAAGAGGAUGGGCGGGGGUUUCGGGGGGAAGGAGAGCCGGACCACCCUUUUGUCGACUGUUGUCGCCGUGGCAGCAAACAAGCUGAAGAGACCUGUGAGGUGCAUGUUGGACAGAGACGAGGACAUGAUGAUCACAGGAGGGAGACACCCCUUCUAUGGAAAAUACAAGGUUGGAUUUCUGAACAGUGGGAAGGUCGUGUCUCUUGACGUGUCGUACUACAGUAAUGUUGGAAACUCGAUGGACCUCUCUGCAUCAGUCAUGGAGCGCGCUCUGUUCCACAUGGAGAACUCGUACAGCGUGGCGAACGUGCGUGGGCGGGGCUUCCUGUGCCGCACCAACCUCCCGUCCAACACGGCGUUUAGGGGCUUCGGGGGGCCGCAGGGCAUGAUGGUCACUGAGAGCUGGAUGACGGACGUAGCUCAGAGUCUGGGCCGGCCGGCCGAGCAGGUGCGGCGCCUGAACCUGUAUGUGGAAGGAGAGUCGACGCCGUACAACCAGGUCCUGGAUCAGAUCACUCUGGACCGCUGCUGGGACGAGUGCCUGACCCGCUCUGGAUACCAGGAACGACGAGCCGCUGUCGACGUUUACAACAGUCAGAACCGGUGGACCAAACGAGGCCUCGCCAUCGUCCCCACCAAGUUUGGAAUCAGCUUCACCGUUGUCUUCCUCAACCAGGCUGGAGCUCUGGUUCAUAUCUACACUGACGGCUCGGUGCUGCUGACUCACGGGGGGACGGAGAUGGGACAGGGUCUGCACACCAAGAUGGUCCAGGUAGCGAGCAGGGUCCUGGGUAUCCCCUGUUCAAAGAUCCACAUCUCAGAGACCAGCACCAACACAGUCCCUAACACCAGCCCCACCGCCGCCUCCGCCUCCUCAGACCUCAACGGAGGUGCCGUGCAGAACGCCUGCGAGACUCUCAACCAACGUCUGCAACCAUACAAGACCAAGAACCCCAAAGGAUCAUGGGAGGACUGGGUGAGGGCAGCGUAUUUCGACAGAGUCAACCUGAGUACAAACGGCUUUUACAAGACUCCAAAUCUCGGCUACGACUUUGAAACCAACUCGGGCCGAGCGUUUAACUACUUCAGCUACGGCGUGGCCUGUUCAGAGGUGGAGAUCGACUGUCUGACCGGAGCUCACAAGAACCUGAGUACGACCAUCGUGAUGGACGUCGGUAACAGUCUGAACCCGGCGAUAGACAUCGGGCAGGUGGAGGGGGCCUUCAUGCAGGGUCUGGGUCUCUUCACUCUGGAGGAGCUUCAUUACUCCCCUCAGGGGGUCCUCCUCACGCGGGGUCCCGGUUCCUAUAAGAUUCCUGCGUUUGGCGACAUUCCCGCCCAGCUGACCGUGUCGCUGCUGCGAGACGCUCCGAACCAGAAGGCCGUGUUCGCCUCCAAGGCUGUUGGCGAGCCUCCUCUCUUUCUGGCGGCGUCCGUUUUCUACGCCAUCAAAGACGCCAUCAGCGCUUCCCGGGCGGAGUCAGGAAUCAGUGGGCCCUUCAGGUUGGAUAGCCCCGCCUCCGCCGAGAGGAUCCGCAACGCCUGCAGUGACAGAUUCACCAAACUGUGUCCGCCUGCAGAGCCCGGUUCCUUCACGCCCUGGUCCGUUCAGGUCUGAGACGUCAUCACAGCUGAGUCAUCGUUUAUAAAGAGACCUUUUUAUCUCUGCUGGAUCUCAGUAAAAGUUUUAUUAUAUCCUUCAAUCGCUCAGAUAAUUCUUCAUAUGUCUUUGUUAUGCAGCAUUCAGGGAAUGAAACAUGAUUUCAUUUUACGCUGUAAAAAAUAUUUUAAAAUCCAGUUUGAGUCGUCUGCAGCUUCUCCUCCGCUCAGACACUCGGACUAAUGAACCCAAAAUGUGAAUCAAUGAAUGGAAAGGUGAUUUCCUGCUUUUUAAAAUCCUAUUUUAUAAAAUGAUUGUUUCUGUGUAAAAGAAAUAAAACUCUCUGGACUUUCA